AUGGCGAGUCAGGAUUCAAUGGAGGAAAUCCUCUGGCGGUCUCCCCCGCACGUCCAGAUGAUGGGAGGAUACCUGCACUCAAACAACAUUCUCUUCUACUUCGCCGAAUCCCCAUUCUUCGACAAGACCUCCAACAAUGCAUCACUAGCCGUUCAGGCAAACUACAAUGAGACGUUCCGACAUUUUCUCGAGACCCGUGAGGCCUUUGAAGGCCGUCUGAAGACAAUGUCAGGACUUGAAUUCGUUGUCACAUAUGAUCCCCUACAGGCGGCCGCGCAGUCCGACACUCGAUUCGCUCACGAACCAUCCAACGUGUGGGUGAUUCGAAAGCAGAAUCGACGAAAACGGAGCGGCAUAGAUGAUGAACUGACUGUGAUUUCAUCAUAUUUUGUCGUUGGGGAUUGUAUCUACAUGGCGCCUUCUGUCGCUAGUGUGGUAGGAAAUCGGAUCUUAUCAGCAGUCACUUCCCUUUCACAGCUUAUGAAGACUGCGUCCACCUUGCCGAACUUUACACCAUCUUAUGGACACACGUAUCUACCACCAGUGGCUAAAACUACGGAGCCCGGCCAAGCGACAUCUCAGCCGAGCAAGGAAAACACCCCGAUGCCUGAUGCUGCGCCAUCUAUCGCUGAAACGCCGGCGACUGGCAAGCAGGGACUUGGUAUAUCAACCUCUAAUUCCAGUCACCAUGAUGCUCGUAGUCUGGCCGACUCAUUCAACCUAUUCACACGGUACGGAGACGAGUUCAUGGACGAAAACCCACUGGUUGGUGAGCCUGGCUCAUUCAUUAUGUCUCGCGUCGGCGGUGAGGUUGACCGCAUAGCAACCAAGGGUGUACCCAAGGUGUCUCUAGGCACUACAACAAACACACCGGGACCAACAGGGCGAGUGUCAACGCCACAGGUACGGGUCGAUACACCCGGGAAGACAUCUGACAAAACUAAUUCCCCACCUAGUGGUGGUGAGAACAAAGGCAAGCGAAAAAAGACUAGGAUUGUAAGUUGA